CUAGCUUGUUCUUCUCCUCCUCUCCCUCCCCCUCUUCUUCCUGCUGCUGCCGCUGCUGCUCGCCCCCCCCGGUCCACGUUUUUGGCUCGGGGGUUACUGUGUUUUCAGGGGCCGUUUGGCGCGCGAGCCGAGCGUGCCAGCCACCUCUCCAGACCAGAUAUGGCGAAGUGCAGUGCCAGCAGCAUUCUGCACGAGGACGUGAGACGCAAGCGGUGCACCUGCACCUGUCCGGGCCAGGGGGUCGAGGGGAAGUUCCGAGGGAACGCGCAGCAGAUGGGCUGGCAGAGCCUGGACGGCCAGCGCAGCCGGGUCCUCUCCGCGUCGGCCGUCCGCAGGGCCGAGUGGUUCGAGGGGAAGCUAAAGAUCCUCGCCGAGGCGGAGGACGGCAGUGCAGAGGUGCUCUCCCUCGAGAACUUCUCGCACGGCGACUACGACGCCCUGUGGCGGUACCUCGAGGAGAGCUGCGGCGUCUACCUGAAGAAGGUCAAGGCGGUUUCCGCUAUCGCGGGGGGCGAUUUCGACGCAGCCAUGGUCGCGAUCGAGGGCGCAGCAGACAGGGUGGACGAGGCCGCAGCGGGGACUGUGCAGAAGAAGGCCAAGGAGGCGGAGCUCAUGAAGCAGGUGGAGCGCGUGCGCGACGGCCUAGACCAGGCUGUGCGGGGCGACAAGCAGGCGCUCAGCCGCGUGUUCGCCGCAAACGGGUGCGAGCGCAUCGGUCGCCUGCGCCUCGUCGUCGACACUGUCCAGCUGGAGGUCUACCACUCGGACCCGCGCUGGCAGCACCUCCAGGGCCGCGCGGCCACCGUCGAGGCCGUGCUGCGGGAGCUGGGCACCUUCCGGCAGUGGAGGCCGCAGGAGAGCGAGGGAUCCCUGGCGCGCAGGCAGAUCCUCCGGGAGCUGCAGCAGCGCCAGGGCGUCGGCGAGGCCUUCGGCGAGGCCUUCGGCGAGGCCCCGCGCCCCGCGCCCGGCGAGGACUUCGGCGAGGGCGCGGGCCUCGAGGGCGCGGGCCUCGAGGACGCGGCCACGGAGGCUGCGGAGCCCGCGCCGCCUGCCAGCGCGCAGCCUGCGCCGUGUGAUCCUCUGCCGCCGCGGCAGCAGCCCGACGCCGGGGCGCUGCCAGUGCGGCCGGCCAUCGGGCAGGCGGCGGCGGCGGCAGAUCCCCGCGGCAUCCCCGCGUGCCUGGUCCCGAAGCAGAGGGCCAGCAGUCGGACGCGGGAGAAGGAGGACAAGCAUGCCGCCAAGACGCAUGCGGGCAGCGUGCUGGAGGGCUGGGUGUGGAAGCGGAGCCGCGUCCUCAAGCGUUGGCGUCGCCGCUGGCUGGUGCUCAUGCCCGACAAGCUGAUGACCUUCAAGCAGAAACACGACACGAAGCCCACCGAGGUGGUCCAGCGCGGCUUCGUCUACAGGGUCUACAGCGCGGACAUGGAGAUGUGCCUCUCCAAGUGCUUCUGCGUGAGCACCGCCUCCCGGGACUACUACAUGAUCUGCGACGAAGAGAAGCAGCGGCAGGCGUGGCUCCAGGAGGUGCCGAAGGCGCUGAGGUCCAGGUGGUGACGGCGCGAGGCUGCGAGUCGUGCGCCGCCCCGCUGCCCGCGCCGCGCGGUCGCGCGGGCGCUCACUUUGCCUCGCCGCUCCCGCCCGCGUGCGGUCUCUGUGUGCCUCCGCUGCGUCCCGCGCCUGGGUCUCCCCUCCCUCGCCUCCCUCCCUCCCUCCCUCCCUCCCUCCUGCUCC